AUGCACUGUCAAGCCGAGUUGAGACUCUCCUCCUCCGGGCAGCUGAAAGCAGCCAGGCGUCGCUACAAGACUUUUAUGAUUGACGAAAUUCUUUCCAAGGAAACAUGUGAUUACUUUGAGAAACUUUCUCUUUACUCUGUAUGCCCUUCACUCAUCGUUAGGCCUAAACCUCUGCACUCAUGUUCGGGAUCCUCCUCACUGCGGGGCUACCCCCUUCUCUCAGUAAUCACGCGGCAGCCCCCCAACAUGCCCCCUCACCUCUCCCAGCCCUCAUCUCCCGGCCAGGUUCCCCACCUUCCCCUGCUCUCCCCCCAGCACCACUCCCGGGUCUCCGAGCCCUCCCACAGCGAGACACCUGUCAGCAUCAGCAGCGAGUCAGACACGGAGCACAGCACCACCCGACUGAAGAAACCCAGACGCAGCCGCACCAUCUUCACUGAGCUGCAGCUCAUGGGCCUGGAGAAGAAGUUCCAGAAACAGAAGUACCUCUCCACCCCUGAUAGACUAGACCUGGCCCAAUCCCUAGGCCUUACACAGCUUCAGGUGAAGACCUGGUACCAGAACAGAAGGAUGAAGUGGAAGAAAAUGGUGCUGAAGGGAGGACAGGAGGCCCCCACCAAGCCCAAGGGCAGGCCUAAGAAGAACUCCAUCCCCACCACCGAGGAGAUCGAGGCAGAGGAAAGGCUGGCCAGGCUGGCUGAGGACGAGAGAAUGAGGAUGGCAGCCGAAGAGGCCUUGGCCGACAGCGAAGCUCCCCAGUCGGAACCCCAGGACCUCAGCAAUGUCGCUGGAGCUACAGAGACCUACAAUCCCACGGCGGUGAGCGAGGGUCGAGAGCAGCAAGAGCAGUCACUCCCGAUGCAGUCAGAGACACAUGCUGCCAGCUAA